UGUCAGUUGGUAACUUGAUAUUCAAAUUUAAAUCCAUUAAAAAAUCACAAAAAACUAUUCGGCCCACCAUCUUAAAGACUGGCAAGUACCACAUCUUGGCCCAUAUCAUCUAAAAUUUAAACCCAAUCAAGUAAUUCCUAACCUCUCUGACCAACAUGUUCCCGGAUGACUACGACGUUGAACCCUUCAAUCCGUUCAAUGUGGGGCCACCCAAUAGUGGAACCCCCUCCGAAUUCAAAAUCCCCACCUGCGUUACAUAUCCACCACCGGUGUUCGUGGCCAAGCCCGAAUAUUUGCAGGAGACUGCAAGCAAGGCGGUUACAAAGUCCUCAUCGAAGAUCGGCGAGGUGGCCGUCUCCAAAGCCAUCAAUGAGGAAAUGGCCGUGGCCAAGAAGCAGGCCGCAGCCAUCCAUGAAAAAGACCGCUUUGAUGCGGGCGCUAUCUCAAAGGUGAAGCUCACCGAGGACUCCCAGUCAAAGGAAACUGUUGCGAAGGAAUCCCUCCGCACUUUGCUACCAGUGCGGUCAAGCCGACAGGCCAGUGGUGAGGGUAAAGCAAAUUCCAAAGUGUCCGCAUCGAAAUCAAGUGUGACUACCAAGAAAAGCUUUACAUCCAAGCAGAGUCAGUCAAGCAUUGCCUCUAAGUCUUCAAAUGUUUCCCAGGCAAGAUCUGCGGUCACCAACAAGACUUCUUCAAAUACUUCAAACAAUACCCUUACCCCAAAGUCAAUUUUAAAGUCACCAAAAUCCUCAGAAUUAGCAAAAGUUUCCUACACCACAGUUAAGCCACAGGUAUCGGAUAAGCCUUCGGAAACCGGAACUCAGCGCACCGUGAACUCAAAGGCCGGAGUCUCUGCCUCUGAACCAUCUCUGAAACCACAGAAAUCUAAAGUCAUAUCCCAACAAUCCGUGAAGGCAAAGCCUUCCGAUGCAGUAAUCAAAGAUUCCAAAGAACAACCCCCCUCUAAUCCUAUCCCCAAAAAAUCCCAGGAAACCGCAUCGAAUGAUGUGAUUAAAUUGAGAACCAACAUGUCAAAAGUGCUACCCGAAUCGAAGGAUGGCCCUAGCUAUAUCCAGUCGGAAUCUGCCUUAUCCUAUCGCCAAUCCUUGAACCAGCAGGCUGCCGAAUUGGCGGAUCGUCUGAAUGCCGGAAAUGAAAACUUUAGACGCUACAAUUCGGUGGCACGAAACCACUCAACCACCGUGCCACAAAAGCUUUCCCAAGGUGAUCGCAUGACCUUCUGGUUCAGCGAUGCUGUGCUUUCCUAAACUAUGAUUUACUUAUUAAUCAGAAUUACCAGUUAAAAAGAAUAUAACUAAAAUUUAGCAGUUUU